AGUAACCAGUCGCAGGUUGAGGAAAGUGAGGAAACAUCUAGGAAAGGGCAUUCCCGGGCAGGGAAACUCCGGCAGCUGGACUUGCGGGACACGUGUGAUGGAGGACGACGUGUCCUUCCUGGACACCAAAAGAGUGUCCUCGUCCGUCUACCACAGUACGGAUGACCUGGAAGCUUUCGAGUUGGAGGUUCAAGAGGUUCAACCGCGGAAAGUGCUCAGGGAGCAGUCGCUGUUCUUCCAGGAUGGAGACCGCACCGUGGAUUUUGUCCUCGCCUGGGACAACAGAAUGCCGCUGGCCAACACCGAGGCCGCCGAGAGGAAACGGGCAGCCUUCGAGGAGCAGCUGAGUCAGGAACUGCAACUGGAAACGGAAGAGGCCGAAGAAGGCUCGGCGUUGACGUUCGUUAAAAUUCACGUCCCGAUAGAUGUGCUUAAGAAAUACGCGGAAAUCCUCAAACUGCGGAUGCCCAUGAAAGAGGAGGGAAAAAUUCAAAGUGGCAGCAAAAGAAACCUGCUGCUCAGAACCACGAAGUACAUUUCCCAAAAGAUACCUGCCUUCCAAGAAGUGCAUGCCAAGACCCAUUCACUCAUGGACAGUGUCCAGUCAGCAGUAGACAAGCUAUUGGGCUAUAUUUACGUAGACACAGCAAACUUCCCACAAAAAGGCCAUAGAUUCACCGCAGUGUAUUCAAGAACUAAAGAAUACCUAUUUGACACUGAGUCAGAAUUUUUCACGCCUGCCAUCCGUUCUCGAAUCGUGGAUUUCAUCCUCGACAGAACCUACUACGAGGACAAGUCUUUGGAUCCUAACGCACUAGGUAUCAACAGGCUGAUCACUGAGGGCGUAUACAGUGCCGCCUACCCUCUGCAUGAUGGAGAUCUGAAAGUUCCUGGCAGCCAACGUUACCUGCUUUACCACGAAUGGGCUUCAGUCAAACGCUGCUUUCGUUACCAGCCCCUUGAUUACAUUAAGGACUAUUUUGGAGUUAAAAUCGGCCUAUAUUUUGCCUGGCUGGGUUUCUACACGCACAUGCUCUUGCCAGCAUCAGUAGUUGGGCUCAUAUGUUUCGCUUACUCAUGGAUAACCCUACCUCACAACAAGCCAACUGAAGACAUCUGCAACAAAAAUGGAAAUGAAUCGAUCUGGAUGUGCCCCCUGUGUGACCACUGGUGCGACUACUGGGAUUUGAGAGAAACCUGCUUCCACGCUCAAGUGACUUACCUCUUCGACAACCCUUCCACGGUGUUCUUCGCAAUAUUCAUGUCGUUUUGGGGCGCUAUGUUUCUGGAACUCUGGAAGCGGUACUCUGCAGAAAUCACGCAUAGGUGGGAUUUGACAAGCUUUGACAUCAACGAGGAGCACCCACGGCCGCAGUACCUCAUGCGAGUUGCUCGCUUUUCUAAAAACAGAACCAGGAAAAAUUCCAUCACUCUCGAGGAAGAGCCCUAUGUGCCAUUCUGGAGCCUGCGUUUACCAGCGACCGUGUUCAGCUUCUCAGUCGUGCUGCUGCUUGUUCUGCUCGCUCUGGCCGCUGUGCUUGGCGUGGUCUUGUACCGCGUUUCUGUCCUGGCCGCCUGGCAUGGUCUUAAGGCUGAGGUCGAAACCAGCUCUGUCAUCCUGAUCACGUCUGUCACAGCCGCAUGCAUCAACUUGUGCUGCAUCGUGAUUUUCAACUGGUUCUACAUGUGGCUGGCAGAGAGACUGACUGAGAUGGAGCUACUAAGGACACAAACCGAGUUUGACGACUCACUCACCUUGAAAAUUUAUUUGCUGCAAUUUGUCAACUACUAUGCUUCAAUUUUCUACAUAGCAUUUUUCAAGGGGAAAUUUGUAGGCAGACCAGGAGAAUACAACAGGAUCUUCCACUACAGACAAGAAGAGUGUGGACCUGGUGGAUGUUUGAUGGAAUUGUGCAUCCAACUCGCAAUCAUUAUGGUUGGCAAGCAAGCUGUCAACACCCUUUUAGAGAUGGUCUAUCCCUUGUACUACAAAUGGGUUAACACAAUCAAAGUGAAGACUGGAAUUUCUGACAGCCAAAAGGAAUUGAAGAAACCAUUGCAGUGGUGCAAAGAUUACAAGUUGGUUGAGUGGGGUCCAAGCAGUUUGUUUGAUGAAUAUCUUGAAAUGGUCCUGCAAUAUGGAUUUGUUACUAUCUUCGUUGCCGCCUUCCCACUCGCUCCCUUCUUUGCUCUGCUGAACAACAUUCUGGAAAUGCGUCUGGACGCGAAAAAACUGUUGCAGUUCUACCGACGUCCUGUGACCCAGCGAGUGAGGGAUAUCGGUGUUUGGUACAGAAUCCUUGACUCGAUUGGAAAGCUGUCAGUCAUAACUAAUGCCUUUAUCAUCGCUUUUACCACCGACUUCAUCCCCCGACUGGUUUACAAAUACGUAGUCAGCGAAAACGGCAGUUUGGAAGGCUACCUCGACUUUUCACUAGCGACAUUCAACGUAACUGACUUUGAGGACGGAUCAAGACCCUUGAUGCUUGGAUCAGAGCACGUUGAAGUGUGUAGAUACCCUGAUUUUAGGAUGUCUCACAACGACUCGAACAAGUAUGCCAAGACUGACCUGUACUGGCACAUCUUAGCAGCAAGGUUUGCCUUUGUGGUUGUGUUCGAAAACGUUGUGGCGUUGGUAAUGAUCUUGGUGCGCUGGUGCAUUCCUGACGUCCCGCGCGUGCUGAGGGCCCAAAUUCGCAGAGAGGCCUAUCUCACCAAUGAGAUGAUCAUCGCCAAAGAAGCACAGAGGGCUCGCGGAGACAAACCCAGUCCAUCCAGAUCCGCAAGGUCAACAAGCAGCCUGCCAGGAGGCUCUCGCUCUCGAAUUUCAUCCAACGGCCCUGUGGCAGUGUAAAUCGGCCACUCUACGGAAUCGAAAUCUCACGACAGCUGUUAUUUACCCACACAAAUCUAGUUGUAACUAUUUUUAAUGUAAUUUAUCUAAUGACGGUCAAAAUGUACCGAGCGAAACACGAUUUAUAUACGAUAUAUAUUUGUAUUGGAAAAAAUCUAAGUGUUCAGGACGCGGCAGAUCUGAUUCAUCCGUCUAGUCGAGGGUUGCAAGCAGUCCACUGCAGCUAUUUUGUGAUAAUUAUUCACGUCUCGCACAAUUUGUAACCGUGCACAAUUCGCCUUAUAUAAACAUACAUAUAUUUAAUGUGAAAAUUUACCAUUUCAUCCUAGAGAUUUUAGUUGUAACACUGAUAAUGAGGCCACUAUGUUAAUUUUUUUGCCAAAUAAGCUCAUUGUAAAUCUUUAAUGUUGUUCCUUCCGCUCAUCGUUACGUGAAUCUGAUUUUUAAAGUGGAUGAAUUCCACCAAAUUUUGAGAUUUUUUACAAGAAUUAAAUUAAAUUAAAUUUUAAACUUGUUUGCUAAAUAUAAUUAUGCAUGCGAAUAAAAUUUAUGGUACAAAGUU